CUUACAAUUUCCAAAACUUCUCUCUCUUCUCUUUGCGUUUUUGUUUGUUUGUUUGUUUGGUGUGGAAUUUCAAUAAGAUUUGAUAAAUUUUGGGGGUUUAUUUUGAGAGAAUUGAAUUUGGAUCUGAAUUCCAUUCCAUUCCAUUUCCGAUUCAAUGGACGCUUCUCGCGACGACCGAGAUCGAGUGGCCUCCUCCGCCUCUGGAGAAAGACCCGUUAAUCCCGAUGGCUUGACCGAGCAGCCACUUUCUCCCACCAAAGAUGGAAGGAUUGUUUCAGCGAAUUCUUCGGAUGCAGCCAUUGUAGGGCCUUCGCGCAAUGUCACGGGACAACCCGAUUUUCUUGAUGCGGGUGGUUCGGCUUAUGGCAGUAGCACCGGUACUUGGAAUGGAUAUUCACAGUAUCUGAAUGCUGAUGGCUUGCCUGUUGUAUCACCGUUCAUCUACAAUGAUAAUCAGUCCCUCGUCUUCCAUUCUGGUUAUGGCUUCAAUCCUGAAAUUGCAUAUGGACAAUAUUCUCCAGUUGCUACACCUUUGCCACCUCUUAUGAUGGAUGGCCAACUAUACUCUCCGCAGCAACUCCCAUUUUCUACAUCUUUCUACCCCCAAUCAGCUCCUCCAAAUAUGGCUCAUAUUUCUUCGGCUUUUCAGGUUCCGCCGACCGAGCUGAUGACACCCGAAAGUAGUAAUAUCGAUAACAUAUUUUUUGGGCCAGGAUCAGGUUACUUAGUAAACUUUGGAUCAUUAGGUGGAGGAAACCUCUCUGGGAAUCUUAAUUCUAGUCCUCUGACAUCUCCAACAGUUUAUCCCCAACCAAUGGGCAUUCUUGGGCCUUACGAGAAUAAUUUUGGGCAGAUUUCUCAACAACAUAGUCCCACCCAUGGAUUUGGAUUAAUGUCCGGUCCACACUAUCCUCAUACAAGUCAGAAUUCUAGCUUUGGAGGUGCUUCGUUUUCAUACUCAGUUGCUAGUGAUAUGAAUCAUCUAACACUUGACAAAGGCAGAAGAAGAGAUAGGGACCAAGACUCGAUUAGUGUUUCUAAUGAUUCACGUGAUAUCUUUAAUGAUCGUAAUCGAGGACCAAGGGCUUCAAAGCUGAAGGGUAAGAGUGGCACUGAACAGGGCUCUUCAACUGGUGCUAGCAGAAACAACUCAUCUGCUUCUGGAAUUCUUCUCGAUGCGUACAACCGGCCAGAUUUUUUUACGGAUUAUGAGAAUGCGAAGUUCUUCAUCAUCAAGUCUUUCAGUGAAGACAAUGUUCAUAAGAGUAUCAAAUACAAUAUUUGGGCAAGCACACCACACGGAAACAAGAAGCUUGAUGCUGCUUAUCAAGAGGCAAAGGAGAUACAACCAAACUGCCCGAUCUUCCUGUUUUUUUCAGUUAAUGCAAGUGGACAGUUUUGUGGGGUAGCUGAAAUGGUUGGACCAGUUGAUUUUGAGAAGAAUGCAGAUUACUGGCAGCAAGAUAGAUGGAACGGGCAAUUCCCAGUUAAAUGGCAUGUUGUUAAGGAUGUUCCAAACAUCCGAUUCCGCCAUAUUCUACUCGAUAACAAUGACAACAAGCCUGUUACUCACAGUAGAGAUUCUCAGGAGGUAGGAUUGAAACAAGGUGUUGAGAUGUUGAAAAUUUUCAAGGAUCAUGAUUCGCGGACAUCUAUGUUAGAUGAUUUUACCUUUUACGACGACCGGGAAAAAUCCUUUAAGGAAAGGAAGGCCAAACAGCCACAAGUUUUGUCAACUGUAGAUGCUGCUAAUAAGUUGGUGCAUGAGAUGUCUAGUACUUUUGGGUUAACCUUGAAUUUGAAAGACGGUAGUGACAAAGCGGGAUCGUCCGAACUCAGUGUUAAUUCAAGAAAAGAUACCCAAGCGUCUUUUGAACAUGAAUCUCUAAACCAAAUGUCUGGUACCUUAUCUCAAGGCUCGGGAGCAGAAGAGGGCGACAAAGUUGUAGCAGCUGUUUUGGGAGAGGAAUCUGUUGAUAAGGAGGCAACUGUUUAGAUGGUGGACUAGUCUUACCUUUGUUGAAUUCCUGAAUUCUUCAAUCAGCUGACCACAUUGAGAUGGUGUUUUGGGCAUCUCGGGCGGUCGGGCUACGGAAUCUGACCCCUUUUUUUUAUUAUUUUUCUUUCUUAUUUCUCUAAGUGGUCGGUUUUCGGUGCAGUUAGGUGGUAUUGCAGUCAUGCUCGCCAAGGAGAGACUGUGUUGAUAUCUUGACAUACUCAUCUUGUUUUCAAUCUUCUUUGAAUAUCUUUUUUUUUUUUUUUGUUCCGAUUUAAGGUAAGAUGGUUUUAGGUGUUGGUUGAAGUAGUUAAGUGGAGGAUUGGUGGAGGGGAAUCUGUACACUGUGCCUAAUACCUGAAAGUGGUUUUGUUAGAAUUCUUUACUGGUUUUCUGCAGGUGGGAAGGAAUGAAGGGAUUUGUAAAGUUACCUUUGGGAUUAGAGGCAAAUUAAUAAAGAAAGAAAUUCAAAAAUUGUGUAUUGUUAUUGAAAUUUAAAAGCUCUU